AUGGCUGGCGAGAAUAUCCCCGUAGCAGCCAACGUGCUAGGCACAAUCGGUACGGUAUUCUGGUGCAUUCAGCUCGUGCCUCAGAUAUGGCACAAUUGGCGACAUAAGAAGACCGAUGGAUUACCGGCGAGUAUGAUGUUAUUGUGGGCUGUUUGCUCGAUGCCGUUUGGCGUAUAUAUGAUUCUUCAGAACGUCAAUAUUCCACUUCAGAUCCAGCCUCAGAUAUUUGGAUUCUUUGGCUUUGUUAGCUGGGGCCAAAUACUUUAUUAUAACCAUGAAUACUCACAGCUCAAGGCAACCCUUCUCGUCAUCGUCUCUUGUCUCCUCUGCGGUGGUUUUGAGGUUCUGUUCAUUCUUACUUUACGGAUACCAUACCACAAGGGUAUAACAUGGCCAGUUCUGAUUUUCGGCGUCGUAGCUGCUAUCAUGCUGGCCGUCGGCUUUGUCCCGCUUUACUUUGAAAUCUGGAAACGGAGAGGACGGGUUGCAGGAGUUAACUGGGUCUUUCUGAGCGUCGAUAGCUUAGGAGCUCUCUUCUCGCUUUUUGCACUUGCGGCACAAGGCACAUUCGAUAUUCUCGGUGGAAUACUCUAUAUUGUCGUCUUCCUCGCCGAAGUAGGCAUAUUCUCGAGCCAUAUUAUAUGGCGUUUCCGUCAUCGGAAACUUCUGCGAGCGGCCAAAGAGAGCGGAAAAAGUGUCGAUGAGCUGCUUGCCGAGAUGGAGGAGGGUAAAGACAUAGAAAACGAGACGAAGGCCUCAUCUGUGGUACAGAAGCCAGUGGACCAAGGUGUGUCUACAGAUGAAGCAACGGCAUCGGCAUCAAGAUCGCGAGAAGAAAGGGAUCUCGAGCGCGGUUCGGAUUGA